AUGGUUUCAAGGUGCUCCGCCGGGCAUACGCUUUUUCUUCCAUUCCUUUACCCCUCGUUGUUCGUUGCCAGAAGCACCGUGACACCUCGACUUGCUACACGAGCAGUCGCAUGUCGUCGCCACAGUUCGACCCACGUCGCCAGCGAACCAAAGGCCAGCCGAUUGAACCCAGCUCCCGACGAUUAUUCUUCCCCCAUAUUCGCUGACAAGGCGUCCGUAACUCUCUAUGCUGGCCCCGGUGGCCAUGGCUGCAUCUCCUUCUUCCGCGACGCAUACCUUCCCGACGGCCCCCCUAAUGGCGGCGACGGUGGCCACGGAGGCAACAUUUACAUACAAGCAGUGCACGGCGAGACUUCUUUGCACAAGCUAGCCAGGCGGCGGUUUAUUCGGGCCGGCAAAGGGAAGUCCGGGCAAGGCAGCUCGAAAGGUGGCCAGCGGGGCGACGAUGUCAUCAUCACGGUGCCAGUCGGUACGGUGGUGCGCGAGCUGAGCAGAGAAGACCCAGUUGCCGAGGAUGCGAUGCUGCAGCGUACUCUGAAGGCUCAGAAGAAGGCUGAGAAGCGGAUGAAACUGGCACGCGAGGCGGAAAUGGCGAGGCGAGAGCUAGAGGAAGGGCCGAAGGAGGUGGAUGAGGAGAUGGCGGAAGAGGAGAACAGUGCCACAAAGCAGGUCAUCGACGAUGGUUUUGAUGAACCCGAUGAUCCCGACCGGAACAAGUUCCUUCUAUAUCCUGGUCUUUCAAAGUCUGAUCUGAAGACGAUAUCUCUUCCCCGAGCUCCGACCCGUACGCGUCUCUACCACCAACCGCCUGGCCCGAUCCAGCUCGAUCUGUCGCGGCCUUCGCCCCAGCCCAUUUUGCUCGCCGUCGGCGGUAUUGGCGGCCUUGGCAAUCCUCACUUUGUAUCGCGAGAAUACCCACGACCCAUCUUCGCCACAAAGGGUGAGCGUGCCGUGACCAUGGAAAUUGAGCUAGAGCUGAAGUUGCUUGCCGACGUCGGUCUUGUUGGGUUGCCCAACGCUGGCAAGAGCACGCUUCUUCGUGCGCUUACAAACUCGCGCACACGCGUCGGCAACUGGGCUUUCACGACUUUGCAGCCAAAUAUCGGAACAGUUGUCCUGGACAGCUACAAGGGGCGGCCUGUCAUCAAGAGCUACAAGCGCUACCCGGCCACUAAUGGCGGCUCGGGCCAGGAGGAGGUGCUCGUCGAGCAACGAACUCGCUUUACGGUUGCCGAUAUUCCGGGUCUCAUCGAGGGUGCUCACCUGGAUCGGGGUCUUGGCAUCGCUUUCCUGCGUCACGUUGAACGUGCUGGCGUGCUCGCUUUCGUCGUUGACCUCUCUGCGGGCCCGGCCGUAAAGGCCCUCAAGGCGCUGUGGAAUGAAGUCGGUCUUUACGCUCAGAUGCGCGAGGAAGAAGAGCGCGCCCGUGAGAUCGACUCCCGUGUCGAUUGGGACCUCACCUCCGGUGCUAGCGGACGCGUACCGUCGGGGGGUACUAUGAUGGUUGCGGACGCUCCUCCGGCGCCCAAGCGGGAGGACGGCUUGCACAUCGCGGCCAAGCCCUGGUUUGUGGUCGCCACCAAGGCCGAUCUCCCCGAGACCCAGGAGAACUUCAGGGAGCUGGAGCAGUACCUGCAGGAUAUCAACCGAGGAACAACUCCUCAUCCAAGCGGGAUUGAGAAUGCUUGGACGGAGAAGUGUGCCGCGAUUCCCGUGAGCGCCAUCAACGGCCAGGGAGUGGACCGGAUUGUCUACUGGACUGUGGGGUUGCUCGACGAGUAG